CUGGUUCCUUCCUGGUCCUGGUCACAAUCAAAUGGGGUCGUGUCCUUCCUGCCUGGUCCUGGUUUGAUGGCCCCACUCCAGUCACGUCAAAUCCACUUUUUCUUUUUUUUUUUCCCUCUCCUUCUGCAAGGCAAGUUCCAACCACCCGCCCAUUGGGCUUUCCUUCCAGUUCCAAUAUUGCAGCUUUCCUGGUGCUGUUGGCAGGCAGGUGCUGCCAGUGACUGCUGCUGCGUGCGUCGUUCUUGGCUUUUGGUGGUCGUUGCUCGGCUCGUGCUCGCCUCAUUCGUCUUCCACACGGACAGUUGCCAUCCCAUCAUCCCAAGAAAUCCACUCCAUCACCGUCUUGUCUCUAGCGUCUAAUCCCUCACCCCCUCGUCCUCCUCGGAUUUCCUAAUUGUGCCAUUCUAAAUUUCUACUGAUACUCCCCAU